AUGGCAAAUGCUGCAGUCACCGCCCUCUUAAUCAUCUUCGCACUUGCUGCAAUCCUCUCCACAGCCCUCUGGGUCUCCCUCCGCCACCGCUCGCGCGCCACCCACGCAGCCGCAGCCGCCGCGGAGGCAGGUCGAUCCACAUCUCACCAACAAGCGAACUCCCCUAUAUCACCAACAAUCGCGCCUCGGCGCGGUCCGUCAUGGUGGACCACAAUCUUUACUCGUGCAUCUAAUCCAGCCCGCUCGAUUCAGCGCCGGGACACCGCUUCAACCCACAACAGCCAGAACGCUGAGUCGCGCUACCUCUGUCCCGCUCCCGGCCAGACCUAUGCCCUCCCCAGACUCCAGCCGCACCCAAGCAUCAAACGUGCACGCAAAGCCCCUCCGCUAGUCGCGGCGCGAAGCGCCUACCGUCUGCCUCCUGGCGCAACACCAGUCGAGGUGAUCACAGUGCACCGUCGACGCGUCAGCAACGACAUUUCCAACCAUUCAUCACCCCGACCCUCCCAGGCGAAGAAUGAAGACCCAGACGGAGCUCUAAGUCCAACGCACACCGGCGCAGACUGGCCUCUCCCCCAAGCACUGUCACAACCCCUCCCGCCUUCACCACCAGCGAAACACGAAAUCAUCACCGUCGCAACAUCAGAUGGGAACUUUGAGAAUAUCUACCUGGAGCACGGUGGCGAGGGAGCGCGGAUGGGAGCUGCUCGGAGGGUGGCGAGUGGGCACGGGUCUGGGGAGAAGCCGCUGCCGGAUGUGAUGGAGGGUGGGCAUGGACGGCACGGGAGCUUCGAUUUUGAGAGGAGUGGGUUGAUGCCGGCGAAUGGCGGUGGGAAUGGGAACGGGUGGAGGUUGAGUUGGUGGUGA